AUGGCGGACAUUUUUCCGCUGCCAACUGAAAUAAUGCAAAAAAUCUGCAAUUUCCUUCCGGUUGAAGAUGUGCUCUCUUUGAGUAGUGUCUGCGAUAAAUUUGCGUCUGCCAUAAACCAACCAUCAUUCUGGCAACAGCGCCUUAGGAACAGAGUACAUUCCCUGUACCCUUGUUUUCCAGGUAAAAGUUUUGAUCGUAUCAUUUUGGCCUGGAUAGUGCCUGAUUUAACAUUCGGAACCGCGUCUUCAGCUCGUGGACUUUUUGCCUUAGGUGACCGUGGGGGGACAUUCUCUUUGUUCUCGUUGAAAGAUUUCAUAUCACUUGAUGAACCCAAACCUUUGUAUUCGAAUACCCACACCCAUGGAGGUUGGCUGUGGACAAUCUCUAGCGACUACAAUGUGGUUGCCACAGCACGAUGUAUCACCUUUUUCAGGAUGAAUUCGUCUGUGUUGUGUUCUGACUUUGUGGAUCAAAACCUGGUUGCUGCUGGGACCUUCCGGAAGUUGUUAACUGUCUUUGACUUCCGCGUACCUAGUGAAAAGCCAGCUCUUUCGAAUACUUUUCACCAAAGCACUGUUCUCUGCCUUGAAUCACCUUACAGUAUUUGGAAAAACAGCGAAGAUGCAUUGGGUAGCCUUUUCUCUUCAACAUCAACACUCAACUUCAGCGACGCUGAUUCUCUUGUUUCCAGUAUGGGCGAUUCAAGCCUUAAUGAGAGUGUCAUAGCUAACUCAGACCCCGGAACUCCGCGAUCUCCAAUAAAUCCUGCUAGGGACUCUCCUUUACUCCCUUCAGUUUCGUCAAACAUUGCAUUUUACAGUGGUAGCGAAGAUGGACUUUUGGCUGCGUGGGAUAUGCGGCAGUUCAAGAAGCCAGUCGCUGAAAUUAAGAUGGAGUCUUAUCCACGGGAGAUUUCGUUGUUGGAUACGGAAGAGAUGUGGGUAGCCGAACACCCCAAUCGCCUUCACGUUUUCCGUACUGGAUGCUCUCGUACCACCGAGAAAUCGCCUCUGCUCUCGCUUGUUAAUUCACACAGUUUUUCCGCCGAAUCUGGAAGCAUUUGCGCGUUGGAGGCUACGCCCGGAGCUGUCUUUCUCGCUAGGACGUGCGGUUCUCUCAGCGUUCUUCAUCCUACGAUGCCGCCGGUGUCGAUGCUGUCUACGCCCAUUUGCACAGAUCGCAAUUCGCCUCCAGUGUCUUUGUCUUUUGCGAAUGAGACGCUGCUUGUUGGUGGAGGGGGUGGCUACGUCUCCCUAUGGAUGUCAAAAAGGCAGGCUGAUCAGUACCACGAGACAGGUGCUUCCGAGGGGUCCCUUUAA